CUCAAUUACAAUGGACUCUCAAGAUUCACGCUUCACUACACCACCACCUGAUUAUGGUAACCUUUAUGACGCAGACACUCCACCAUCUGCACAGCCUCGCUCUCCUCCUCUCUCUCUUCCUGAUUCACAAAAGACUACGCAGUCAUGGGACUCUCGCAAUAGUCCUAGGCCUCAAAUCAACGAAUCACAGCACAGUACUCAGUCUUGGGACGCACGUGACCUUCUCCCAGACUCUCAGCUUCUUCCAGACUCUCUCUUUGAGUCUAUACCAUCUCCUCCUCUCUUUAUUCCAGACUCUCAAGCAGAGCCUGAGCUCUCUCCCUUACGUCCGCACGUGUAUACUUCCUCGCACGUAGAAUGUACACGUGAUAAGCGUCUCCAGAUCCAAAUAGCCCUCCUUUUCAAGAUACCAUGGGCCCAAAUAAAGGAGAUACUUGACGUUUCAGAUAGCCAAAUUACCCACGCGAAAACCCACCGUCUUACACCCCAGAAAACAAAGGCAGGGAGACAUGCUAAGCUCCAUACACCUGAAAAGACUACACUUAAGGAGUGGUUACUUUCCUCUCCUUCUCACCGUCACGUGGCAUAUCACAAGAUCCCACACUUUCUUCCACAGCUUUACGCCAGUGAGAAAGCUAUUCGUACAGCUAUAGACGGUAUUGAUUAUUAUCGCCGUGUAUCACGAAAGAAGGGGCUAGAUUUAGCAGAGGAUGGGAGUACCUGGCCACGCUCACGUAUACAGCAGGUCUGCUUUAUAGACGAGGUAUGGGCAUUUGGCGGAGCUCAUACAAACUCGUUUUGGCAAGACAAUGCUUCUUCCCAUCACUCAUACGAGACGAAGCUAAACCUACUCCUUCGCCAUAUCCCUAUAAUUCAAGCCCCUCGCUACUCACCAGACUUGAAUCUCAUUGAGCAUAUAUGGAAUUGGAUGAAGAAUUGGAUAGAAGAGCACUAUUGGGAAGCAUGCUACCAGCCGGAUAAGAUCCGCUUGGAUCAACUCCGCAAGAUUAUACAAGAUGCAUGGGACGCAGUGCCAGACGAGUAUAUUCAGGGCUUAUAUGAUAGCUGGUGGAGACGCUGUGAGGCUGUAAAGGAAGCGCAUGGUGGGCCUACCAAAUACUAAGCAGAAUGUAAAGUAGAAAGUGGGAAUAGCUUCAAUUGAACUGGAAAGCGGUGAAGACUCAA